AUGCCGCUUCUCGAUUCUGAUGAAGCAACAUUUUUGAUGGAGAAGUUGCAGAUUCUGCAGCGCUGGACCGAGCAUUCCAGAAGCGUUCUCAACAGUACCUCCACAAUUUCCGACGCCAAACUCGACCUGGAUGUCCGAUCUCCCUUCCAAAAACCCUCAACAUGGUGCGACCACUAUCCAGCGCGAAAGCGCCACUUCACGCACAUGGUACGUCAUCUCCACGAUGGGAUGUUGGGGUGCGUCACGGAUAAUGGCGCAGUCUCCGAAGUAUUUGCCUUCUCAUGUCGCGCCCAUUGGGAUCUGUGCCUCCCACCUACGUUUGCGUUGGCAUCAAAUCCUGAUCGUUGUUUGUUGUGGAACAUGGAGCGUGUUGGUACGUCUAGGUGCGGGUUUACGUCGUGGCAGCCAUCUGCGACCUCUCGCGCCUCCGGUUUUCUUGACUUGGUCAUGACACCGGGACCUGGUGGGGGAGGAGGGGAGAGUGCGGGGGAUGCUCUGCAGGUCUACAAUCACUACAGACCAAAUCACACGCAAGCCACCGUUCCUGGUCUCGCCCUGCAGUGGAUAUCGUCAGUCACGACUACCGAACUGUCAUGUGUGUUUGCGCGUGUGUGUUUGUGUGUCUGAGGUUAUUUUCUACUUCUUUACCCCUGUGCACAUUUUUGCAUUUUUACCCUACAUGGGUUCUUUAGCAUACGCAGAAGGCGUAUAAGUACAUGCAUUUAACCGCGGUUCAAGAUUCCGGAUUACGUACUGGGACCUACCUAUACCAAUAUUUUCGCCCCCCGAAACGUGUCUCAUCCGGCUUGAUGCCUCUACUGGUGUGAACUGACCAAAUGGACUGGAUUUUGAUAGAGUCGUGUGUACAUUAUGUAUGUAUGCGUUACUUUAACAUCUGAAGCUUGAUGGCACACAGCACCAUAACCAGAACAUGCGAAUUCUCGAUGUCUACUAGUCAUCAUCAACACUACUGCGAACUUAUUCACAUGAAGGUCGUCGGUACUGGCAAAAUUUGGGUCACGCCGAACAAAUAAAAGUAAGGACUACAUUUGAUUACCCGGUAUGAGUGCCGCUGAGCCAGUCAGGUGUCGCCUGAUGUCAGCGUCAACGAUUAGCAUAAUCAUCGUCAUUCAGUUAAGUCCCCAGCCUUCUAAGGACGUUGUACAGUCCCCAAGCCUAGCUGAUAACCACAAAGUACUUACUUGUACAAAAUAGCUUUGUCUUCGCUGCGCAUCCUUCUCGACUUCGUGUCUUACCCUUCACAGACCGUUAUCUUUUGGCGAAUAAGUUUGCAGAUUAUCCACGUCUAUCUUCUCUGAGCUUCUAUGUAACCUGCGUGCAUGUUGUUCCCCACUAUGUUCUUCCCCUUAUUCACCGGAACUGGACUUCUUUGUUUAGUCAGCUCUUGAGUUUGACCUUAAGAACGUGGUUCACCCUUGUUUAGAAUCCUUCCUGUACACGCAUGUGACCCACGCUAGCGAAUGCGCAAGCUUUUGCCGUCUACGAUCAGGCGUUAAAUUCGGCCAGCUCCUUUGUUCUGAGUACGGUUAUCCACUGAUGAGGUUUGUACCUUGUUUGUUCCUGAAUACUUGUUAAUAGCGCCGCACAAGACCCAGCUACGGCUUUCUUUUUUGAUUUGACGCACGUGUUACCCCAGGAUACGGAAAUGUCGGUUACACAGGCCGCUCAGACUCAAACAGCCGGUCGACUUUCCUCUUUCCCCCCCCCCCCGCCUACCCGCUCUCAUUUGCAUGCACAUUAAACAAGUAAAUUCUCAAGGCAAUAAAUUAUCAGAGAAAAGCUUUUCUGAAAUCGAUGUGAUCCGCACCUAAAGAAGAUUGGAGGUAGCUUUUUAACUGCGUGCGCGUGCUUGCGUGCGACAGUGGGACGCAGAGAGAAAAAAGACUGUACAAAAGGAGUUCUGGACUCCCUGGGAUAAGAAGACCGUUAUAGCACAAGGAACAGGGGUAGUACCACGCAUCCAAUUAUUUGGGUAAGCAGGAGUCCAUGAUCAUAGUACGCUAACUCUACACCCUUUCACAAGCGCUGUCUGGAGAGCGAGAGUGGAAGCCGCAGCCGCAGUAACUCCAGCUUCAGUGACGUAUAUUAAAGUGGGCGCAGUUUAAAUGUUUGUAGUUGGAUUUAGGGUGGCUUUACUGCCUGGCAGUCCUCUGUUGAUUGUAUCUGCUGGUUCCGGCUGAACCGUCUCACGCGGCGUCCCCCACUCAGCCAAGGUUGUGAGUGAGUAGGUAUGGUGGGGAUGGGCUUAAAAACCAAAUUGUUUAGGAAAGCGACAAAUACGACGCAAAUAUUAAACUUCAAUAGCAACCACCCGAUCGGUCACAAACGCAGUUGCGUAAGGGCGCUAUACAGACGCGUUGAGACGCAAUAAAGUGAAAUGGAAGACAAGGUUACUGAAUUAAAAUAUCUUCGACGGGUAAUGAGAGCCAGUGGUUACCCGCGCAACUUUGUCAACCAGUGUAUACUUAAACGAUACCGGAAAUCAAAUCCAACCGGCCCCAAAUUUUGGCGGGCUCUUCCGUACGUGAAGAACGUCUCGGAAACCGUCAGUCGUCUUCUCACUCCACUUGAAGUUGGGGUUGCACACAGGCUGGAAGCAACUAUUAAGCCCCAAGUCAUGAGGUCAAAAGACCCACUGCCACGGCAGGAAACGUCUGGAGUCGUUUACCGGUUCUGGUGCAGUUGCGGACAAGGCAACUAUGCCGGCGAAACUGAGAGAUUACUCCGUACGAGAAUUGUCGAGCACGCAGCGGCAGAGGCGGGGAGACGCUAACUCUCAGGUGGCGGCUCAUUCGACGGGACCCGGCCAUAUUUUAAAGUUUCAAGAGGCCGAAAUCCUCGCAAGGGAUGACAACCGCGUGAGCCGCGAGCUGCUCGAGUCAUGGUUUUCAGGCCCGCAAUCCAUUAACAAGCGCAAUGGCCUCCCGGUACCAUAUUCCGUGCUGAGAUUUUCCCUGGGCAGGGGAAUCAGUCACGUGGGGAGGGCGCGGGCGAGCCAUUAUCGCAGUGACAGUGAGCCAAGUUGCCGAGCCAUCGUCACACCAGCAUCCAGCACGGAUGACGAAAUCACGGCCAUUAACGACUUGGACGCGGAAUGACAAGCCACCAUCGCAUCAUUAAUUACAGUGCGCAUAUAACCUCAGGGCGGCCACGUGCAAUAAAUACUGCACUCCUUGUGCCACCAUUACACUUAUCUGCGACUGUCUCUAAUGACGUAUUCUAGUGAGAAUCCGAAACGACAGGCCAAUAAAUUUCUUGUUCCAGUGAUCGCAUCUUCCUAUUCCAAAAAUCAGGGGCUCAGAGACAAGUAUGCUUGAUUAUAGUUUAUGUCAGUGAACUAUUCGUGGGGUUAGUAUUUAAACAUUCUCACAGGCGGUCACAAGAAACCUUCAAGCCCUUGAGUUUCGAUGGAGUAUGGUCUUAAUCCCUGUUCUUGAGCUCGUUACCCAGCUCCCUGAAUGGGUUAGUCACCAUGGCGUAGACAAGGGUCUAAAUCCAACGGGAUAAAGAAUAAAAUGACGUAUUUCUUUCGUUAUGAGAUAGCAAAGUCUCCUGCUAUUCCUUCUUCACGACGACUGUAACCCUGAACUCCGAAGUCGGCAGUUCAGCGCCGAGGCGUGGCGGUGACGAAACGAACCAGUAAAGGGAACCAAACCAAUUAGACGACGGGCCGGUUGUCACGGAAUACAGGAAACAGAAAAAUAACGUAGAUACAAGGCUUCAACAGUAAUCCCCGGUGCUAAACUAACGCGUGCCAUAUGGCGACUGGAGAAUAUUUGUAGUAUGCCACUUGCGAAGUCGAACGAAGUCACACGCCUUUGUGGGACAUGAGUCAACGGGUAUCCGCAAGUGCCCGCUGAGACGCUGCAUGCCACAAAUGGGCCGCCAUAAGGAGUCCAAACAGUUAGAUUGUGACAAGGCAUCCCGUAUGUGGAAGGCGUCUCCGUGAUCGAGGUCAGAUCCCUCGUGCGAUUAGAGGCACAUCCAACCACCUCAUCCGUAAAAUCCAAAUCAAGCAGUAACCACGGCCCCAGUCUCAAAUCCAACUCUAAUCCCAAACGAUUUUCGCGGUAAUCAUAACUAUUUCUUAAAUCUCACGCCUUCUGAGGUCGGAGUUAGCACUCCGUCGAUGGGUGAUGUGGUCGUAUAACCCCACUUCGAAUCUAGAGAAUCUAUCCGUCGUUUAUCGACUUUUGUGUCAUUGAGGAUAGGGAGUCUACAUCAGAGAAACCAGUCAAAAGUCUGUAGAGGCGGAAAUGCAUAAAGAUCAGUUGACCGUUUAGAGGUUAGAUCCAAAGUAGGAGGUGGUGACCAAGAUUGCGCAGAUGAGACAUCACUUCAAGGUAACGAUUGAGCGCCAAGGCCGGUGUAGGAGAUUUUAAUGUCCACUGACCAUUCGGUCAACCAGCACAUGAACGCGCCUGUUUCCUACAGGUUGAGCGAUUCUACCUAACAAGAGGCAGUCAAGGCGGGAGACAGUCGGAGCCAUCAAUUAUCGCCACGGUCGACAAGAAGCAAACAGGUGUUUUUUUCCUCACCUACAGUUGGCACUGACGAUCCACAGGCCAUGCACAAUGCGCAUGUAACCCAGGCAUCAUAAAAUGAGAGCUGCGCAAAGGCAUUUGGUCUCUGAAGACAAGUGACCAAAAUAGCCAAUCGAAAUGGUAUUUUAGUUCCUACUGAACAGAAUUUACUUCACUGGGAUAUGUUUAAUGAUUGUAGUUGCAGUGAGAAUUGGCAAGCAGGCCUCCUUUCUACAAAGUGUGUCCUGUGGAACACUAAGCAACUUGCUUAAUAAGGAUGUUUCCCGAUUGGCAAAAAUGGAAUGAGCCAUUUAUUGUAUGGAACGUUAUAAAUGCAAGCUAUCUUGCUUUCAAUAUUUUCUGGCGAUAGGACAGUUCGGGCCCUACUAGUAAUGCCUGACUGCUAUCAUAUGCUACCUUACGUAAAAAUGUCGUUUUUUCAGAUAUGCUCCAUCAAAGAUAACUUGGUAACUUGCAGCUGUCAAGGAGAAGUUUUCAGUAGCAGUUGUUGGAUAGUGUGCCGAAUAUCUUGACAGACAGUACAGCUGGACUGAGGAUUCCGAUGAUGCUCACUAUGUGCCUCACAGCAUGGUGGAAGCAGGGACGUUGCCUUGCACGUGAGGUAGUCUAUCGUGACGACGGACUUGCGAAGCAUCUACCUCACGUUCUCCUCCUUCCCACCUGGGCGCAUUGUCACGGCAGAGCCAAGAAAACCGGAGACGAGCAAGGGCGAAGGCGACCGACACGGUGACGAUCCACACCCAGGCGUAUCACCACACCCCCCGGUCCACAGCAAAUACUGGCCAGGAUUUUGGACAACAAAAGUAAAGGGGGGGGACGGCUGUGGUCCCAACUGAUGCGGCGUAGGCUCGCAACUGGGCCUGCCGGCACACCCUCCAUGUUAGCACAUGUUAUGGGUGCGUAUUCGCAAUAACGCCUGCCAAACCCCGAUCUAGCCCCUGUGUUGGUUCAGGGCAUCUGCGGCCUGACCCAUCCUAGGGGCCAGAGCUACACACAAUUGGAUGACCAACUUUUGUUUACGAGUUAGCCUAUAAAAUCGGCGUACUUAAACCGAAGUUGGAAAAAGGUAGAAGUAAAUACCACUGUUCUGAGUCAGUAAUAUUGCAGUAGGCGUCACUGACUCCUUAAACUCGAAACAUCAACUGUGAUUUAGCGUAUUUGACUGCAAUUUAAAAUCUUGGGUGGCGUUGCGCUCUGAGGCUCACGGUUUUAAGCAACUGGGUUCUACUUCCACAAAAAUGCAUUCGCAGCAGAGUUCUUCUGAAAUUCAUCCAACAGGGCAGAUAACAACAAUGCCACCCUUAGACUUCCAUAUCCUCAAGACAGUGAUUCUGUAUGUCAGGUUAAGUCUUUGUCGUCCCACUCGGACAUGAUGUUUCAUACGUAAAAAGCUACCUUUAAGGCAAAUAAGAUUGGAAUAACCAUUUUCCGACCCACCCCCACGGCGCGAACCCCGACAUUUUGGUCAAUGACCGCCGAAGUCAAGUUCGCCAGUUGUCAGGGAUGCCAAUCUGCAUUUGUGUGUCUCAUCUCAUUAAGGGCAAAUCCUGUUGGUGAUGCGGGGAAUGCUGUUUUACUUUACGAGGCGUAGGAUGCUGAAAUCAUAACGAACACGAAGACAAACUAUACUAGGCCCUUAGUUGUUAUAAAUGUGAUGAGCCUGAUUUCGGAACGAGUAUAAUUCAUGGGCGGUACGUUCGAAAGCUCCUGCUAACGGGCAUUUGCUAACCGGCGCCAAAGGGAAGUACUUAGCAUUCGCAGGGCCUCCUGUGCCGAUCGUGAUCCUCAAGAACAGUUUUCUAGGAGUUGCCUACAAACCUCUUCGCGUACUCGAUACAACGAUUUUGGAACCCCGGGACUGAAUAUUACCUCCACUUCGACCGUCGAUUCCGACGAUGGCCACCGUGUACUCCACUGAAGGGUGAAGCAGACACGAUGAAUUGCGCGUGAAUUAGUUUAUAGUGAGUGAAGACUUGCGCAGCAUCUAACACACUCUCUCUUUCCCACUCCCCACCGGGGACGGGUUUCAAGACAGAGCCAAGAAGACCGGAGGCGGAGGAGGGCGCAGGUGGCUGGCACGGCCGGACCCACACCUAGGCGCGCCACCACACCCCGUGCUUCACAAUAUACACUUGACCAGGAUUUUUCACCAACAACAACAGCAACACCCCAACAGGGGUUGGAAGGACGAGGACGAUGACUGGGCAGCUAUGACCACCACCUGUAUACGCAGCGGGAACGUAAGCGCAUCUACUUGCAGGGAGCCGGGUGUCAGGAGACUGCCAGCGCAUACCAGACUGCGAGGGCCAUGGUUUGCUGAUACUGGCAUGGCACACGCCCUCAGACCUUUUGACACUAAAUAUUACUACUGAGUAUUACUUUGGACUCCACAUGUGCUGUAUUUAGCAUCCCUUCAAGGUAAGUUUUAGUUUUAAGUUCAAUAAAUGGGGUGAUAAAAUGGAAAAGAACGUACUUGGUCUUCUGAAUGAGGACAUUUGCACGAAAAGCCGCUUGCCCUGCAGUAUGGCCGAAGUAAGCUAGGCUGAGCCGGCAGAGACGAAAACUUUUGCACGUACUUCUCCCAUUUGCGUGUUAUGUUGAUAUAGUUGGAUAUAACUAAAAUGUAUUAUAUGGAGGUCCGCCAAUCCCUAUCAAUGCAAUUAUUUCAACAAAUUAUGAGAUGGUAUUAUGAACUUGAAUCCUUACUGGGUUGAAACAUUGCAAGGCAUAAGCACAGAGCAGGCACACGAAGCAUCCAGUCAGACUGGCCGGCAACAUUGGCUGUGAAGAUAGCCGGAAAUUUGCCGAAAGUGAAUAUUGAGCAGAGUUAAAACUUCGGCUAGUAUUUUCAGAAAUAAAAGUUUAAGGACGGCCAAAUGGGCUUAAUGGCCACCGUGUUAGGCAGGGAGAAUUUGUGCUUACGGGACGCAUAGAAAACGGAGUCCAUGAAUUGAAAAUUGGCAUAUUUCCAGAUCUUGUCCGCCAGUGUAACUGAUAUACUGCCGUCGGCGGAAGCCGUAGGCCAGAAUUUAUAGGAAGAACGAAGGAACGCCUGAGAUAUUUUAAAGGUGGGAAGAAUAACCCAACGAAUAGCGUGCAAACGAACCGAAUCAUGAUGUUUCGGAGGCUGGAUGUCAUUACUAGCACAGGGCCACAAGCUCCUGACAGGAAAGUUUUGGCUAAAAGAAAUAUUCGAACAGGAACUUUGGAUCCCAGAACUCCCAAAGACCAAUCGUCGCCAAAUACGAGUCUCAACACUGCCCUCGACAUAGACCCAGCAGUGGUUUUUCAUGGUGGAACGUACCUGCGCUGAAUCCACCUAACUCGCUCCCCCCACAACAACCGGGCCCCGAUAACAAGACAAAAGCAGGGUGAUCAGAAAUGGGCAUAGUCGCAGUGACGGACAAGGUUGAGCUGUCUGGCUGCGUCUACCACGCCAGACCUUACCCCUGCCACACGUGUACUAGGCCUCAUUCACAGCGGGGACACCGGAUCUCACACAAGUGAGUUUCAUGACGGCCACACUUGAAGGGAGUCCUGGUGGCGCGACCAAAGUAGAUCCACAUUAGCUCGUCAACUGACAACUUUCUAAGCUAGGGAUAUUAACGAAUCGCUGUAGUCUAAAUAAAAGCAUUUGAUCACGUCUAGUAGCAAACCAGGCUCUGGGUCCGAGGUGGAUCCACCUAGCUCUCUCCUUCCUCGGUUAGAUUGCAGUUUGUAGCCAGGAAAGGGGAGGCGGAGGGCCAAGUCCCUAUCGUACGGGAAUGGUGGGAAAGGGCAUUAUAUGGGUGGGGUAAAUUAAAGGACUGGUAGAGGAAUGCUAGAGUUUCUGUGUAAAAAUAAAGUUACGAGGGAAAGUGCUGGGAAGUUUCCAGUAGGUGGAAUAAUGGCAGAAAUUUAAACCCUACGCUUAACCCUAAAAUCCAACCCUGACCGCAACCGUAAAGCCUAACCCUAACCCUCAAAACCGAAACGUAAGCACAAUCCUAAAACUCAACGCCACCCCAAAACCUAGUCAUAACCCUAACCCUUACCUUGACCCUAACUCCAACCUUAACCCUAACCUUAACCGUAACCCUAACGGGAACCAUAACUCUAAUCCUAACACUGAAACCUGACUCUGAAACGCAAACCCUAAUCCCAAAAUUUAACCUACACUUAACCCUAACCCUCACAAAACUAACAGCCUGACCAAAUUGGACGAACUGCCUAACUCAGUAAGAACACACCUACUGAUAACAAGUUCCCUAGACAAGGUAAGCACACCUACUGAUAACAAGUACGUACGUCCGCAGUAUCACCGUAUAAUGUCUGACUGCCAAAUGCGAUCUUGCCCCUUUCUCUCCCGUCCAAACUUCUGGUCCGACUGGAAAUGUGAUUGAACGCAGUCUAGCGCGCGCCACACAAGUGGCCGAAUUUCACAGCACUGAGAGGGCGCAUUAAGACGGUGUCAUUGUGAUUCAAACCUCGUCUCAGAGAAGCAUCAUAGCCACGACUUUUGGAGUGUCGUGAUGGGUUACAAUGCAUCUGACGCCUUGUAAAGACAAACGUACUAAUCGUCAAGAGAAUGGAUUUCUCACUUUGGUCUUAUUCUCUCUCUCUUCCUUCUUCCAUGCCACGGUGAGCUGUUAAAGUAUGCUAGCCUACUGGAAGUGAGAGUAAGCGCAUUAACUGUCAGGGCGUUGAACUCAUCCUAUCGCUUGACUCGCGUGUACACACGCAAGCAAGCAUGACAGUUCUCUGGCAACUACCAACGUUGGCUAGGGCGGCCGUAACGAGGGCAGAAUGAACGUAAUAUCCGCGCCUAUGGUCGGGAUGAUCUAUGCAAUGAUUGCAUGUGUGGGAACAGUGUGAGCUUGUUUGGUAUGUGACAGCUUAGCAGUUGUUGUCGUGUAUGAACAAAGGUCGAACAGACCCAUGUAGUCGCUGAAUAUGCGGAUGCAGUGUGGGCAAGGAGCGUGCGAGCGAACGAGUGCUGACCGGGGGACUACAAGAACCAGUUCUCUUGUGUUACGAUGCCUUCGCAAGUAACCUAACAGGCCGGUUGGUGAUUGGAAUAUUAAGUGGUAAUGUGGACAAGUAUACCGUCUACUUUGAUGGUGAGGUGUGUCUAUCAAAUUCUGGCUGCGCUUGAGUUGCGGCUGGUACACGAUGUCACAUUGAGGAGACGUCAGGGGGCGGCACCAGUAACGAUGCUGACUGUGAUGGGAGUUGAUUGUGAACGGUGUCGUUUGUAGCAUUGGCACGAUGGAAAGUCGGAAGGUGUCCAACAAAUCGAACAGGGCUCCUUAAACGUUUUUGUAGCACAAAUAUAUGGAUGGAUUUGGGAUUUAGCAGUGAUGCAUCGUUGCACAUCGAGGUUUCAAGUCUGUCCUUUCCUUUGGCCCCCGUUAUUCGUUCGGCUCAAAUAAUGUUUAUUCAAGUUUGUUCAUAAUGAUUUCCGGUCUUGUGUCAAUGUUUUCUGGUACCCUGGUUACUUUUAAAGUUAUUGGGCAAUUCCUCAAUACAUUAAUGUAGCUUCAUAUAUUUUCACCGCCUCUGUGUUUGCGUAUCAGCCACUGUUUGGCAGAGUCGAUUUAUGGCCGUCUAACCGGCGUGACGAGAGCAACAGAAACAUUCUUGCUGGGUAACUGCUUACGUCGCUUAUGACAGCCUUCGAAUUGUCAACACGGUGACAUUAAUCGACAAUUUUAUCUUCGGCGAUUGACCGCAGCCGGGAAAAGCAUCGAGGCACGCACAUACCUCGCGUCGAGACUAACAACAUCAACGACUGCCGUUCGGUCGGUUAAACAAUCGCUAUUGGAUAUACAGCUUCAAUUUAUGAACGUCAGAACGACAGUCAGUCCAGUAUCCGGUAAGAGGAGGAUGGACAUCCUACUUUGGAAGAUGAGCGAGUUCACCCCAAAGGGUAGGAGUGUGGGAGUGGGAAGACGCGAGUUUUUGUUUUGUGCAGCAUUUCAAGGUUGUGAUUAGCUUCCAGCAGCCACUUUGAAGUGCGCAGACGACGCAAACCAGUAAUUAUUAGCACCGUAUCUAUUACCUCUUCCUCUAUGCGGGAUGCGGUAAUCAAUGUGUCCCUAAACAGGGCUGCUGAGUCACGCAUGUGGCUGUCUGACUCAGACAUAGGUCUUAGAUUGAAGCCUUUCAAGUACAAUAUGCUCUACAGCGCCAAUUUCAGCAAAUCGUUCGACAGGUUCGGUGUAUAUGAACAGAGAUCACGAUACUAAUUUUAUUUAACAGCAGGGAUAUCAGGCGGUAGUAGACGAUGUCCGGCUGCCGCGACUACAUUUUCGCAAUUAUCAUUUACUUCAGCAAAUACUCUCUUACGUUCGUUUUGAACAGACGCAAAGGAAUAGUUGAUUUACAAAACCGGGACUCCGCUAUUCAUCGUUGUAAGUGUGUUGGGCUUCUACAAAGUAAAAUCACUUAUUUGUAUGCGUGUUUGUCUGCAGACACUGAUUGUGUUGAGCAUCGUGGCCGAAAUAAUUGGCGAAGUUUGGUUCUGUAACCCAUCUGAGUUAUAGCAUAUUGUUAGCUUACUAAAACAAUAUUAGUUACCAAACCCAACUGAUCCACUCGUCGGAUUAGGAGGAGAAAGAGGACACAAACGGAAAUCGAAGCACGCGCAGGGAGGCGCUUGUGAAUUAAUACCUGAAGUAACCUAGGCUGGCUUAAAAGCACUCAUCCCCCGGAAACAGUCAUCCGCUGGAUUAAAAUUGUAGGGAAGAUGGAAAUACGGGAUAUUUGUAAAGUCAUCAUACUCACAUCUAAUAAAAUUUUGGUUAGAUCGCAGUUGGUAGCCAGGAAUGGGGAGGCAGACAGCCAGGUCCCUGGCGUACGGGAAUGGUGGGAUAGGGGGUUAUAUCGGUGAGGUAAAUGGAAAGGCUGGUAGAGGAAUGAUGGAACUUUCGGGUAAAAAUAAAGUUACCACGGAAAGUACUGGGAAGUUUUAAGAAGGUGGAAUAAUGGCAGAAAUAUAAACCUUACGAUGAACCCUAAAAUCCAACCCUGACAGCAACCGUAAAGCCUAAAGCAAAGGCUCAAAAGCGAACAAUAAACAAAAUCGUAAAACCAACGUUAACCUAAAGCCUGUCCAUAAUACUAACCCUAAAAUUAAUCCCAAACCUAAACAUAACUCAAACUCUAACCUUAAGCCUAAACCUAUCCCUGAAAUUAAGCCCAACCCUAACCUUAAGUUUAGUCCUAACUCUAACCUAAAUCUAAACCUAAUCGUAAACGUAAACCCUUCCCUACCCUAGCCUCAAACGUAAACUUAAACCUAACCCUAAUCAAGACCCUAACAAAAACAGCUAACCCUAAACUUAACCAUAAACCUAAACGUACCCUAUGCCUAACCUUAACCCUAACCCUAAAACUUAACCUAAACCUAACCUAGACCCUAAAUCUAACCGUAACCCUAAGCCUAACCCUAUACAUACCCUUAAGCCUAAACUUAAACCUAACAAUAAACUAGAUCAUAACCCGAACCCUAAAUUUAACCCUAAACCUAAACUUAGCCCUAGCCCUAACCUUAAACCUAAACCUAACCCUAAACCUACCCUUGAGCCUAAACUUAAACCUAACCCUAAACUAGACCAAAAACCUAACCCUAACCAUACACUUAAGCAUAAAUUUAACGCUAACCCUACCCUAGACCCUAAACCUAACGCUAAACCUAACCCUAACCAUACGCUUAAGCCAAACAUUAACUCUAAACUUAACCUAGACCUUAGCCCUAACUCUAACACUAACCCCAACCCUAAACUUAGCACAAACCGUAACCUUAACUCUAACCCACACCUUGAUAAUGAACCUAACACUUAACAUAUCCAUAAACUUAAACUAACCCUAACCGUAAUCUAGGCCCUAAAAAAAACCCUAACCCAAAACUUAACCAUAAACCUAAAUCUACCUUUAAGCAUAAACUUAAACCUAACCCUAAGUUAGAAACUAGCAUUGUCCGUAAAGUUAACCCAAACCUUAAACUUAACCCUAAACUAGACCCUAACCCUUAAAUUCACCAUAAACCUAAACAUGACCCUAACCCUAAUCUUAAACCUAAACCUAACCCUAAACCUACCCUUGAGCCUAAACUUAAACCUAGCCCUAAACUAAACCAUAAACCUUACCCUAAACCCAAACCUAACCCUAACAAUAAGCCUAACUCUAACCCCAGACCUAACCCUAACGAUAACCAUAACCCUAACCCUCAAAUAAAGCCCAACCCUAACCUUAAGCUUGGCACUAACCCUAACCUAAAUCUAAACCUAACCACCAACCUAAUCCUACCCUUAAACGUAGAUUUAACCCUAACCAUAAUCUAGGCCCUAAAAAACCCCAACCCUACACUUAACCAUAAAACUAAACCUGCCCUUAAGCCUUACCUUAACCCUAACACCAACCCUAAACUUAGCCCUAACCUAGACCCUAACCAUAACCUUAACCCUAAACCUAACCUUAAGCCUAACCUUAACCUUGACUCUAAUCCUAACCUUAACCCGAAACCUAACCUUAACCGUAACCUUAACGGGAACCUAAACCCUAACCCUGACACUGAAACCUGACUCUGAAACGCAAACCCUAAGCUUAAAACUUAACCUACACCUAACUCCCGAAACCUAACAGCCUGACCGAAACGGACGAGCCGCCUAAAUCAGUAAGAGCACACCUACUGAUAACAAGUCCCCUAGACAAGGUAAGCACACCGACUGAUAACAUGUACAUACGCCGACAGUAUCAACGUAUAAUGUUUGGCUACCAACUGCGAUCUCAUCAAGACUUUUUAUAAAGCUAACCAUGUUGGGCUGCUGGACCAAACCUCGCCAAAUAAUUUACCAAAAUAGUCUACAUGGUUUACGUUAUCAGAAAGAAGAGAUUCCUCUGAUAAUGACGGUUCUAUAGCUGCAAUUAAAAAAGGCGACCUCCCUCUCUUGGCAGUCAUUUGAAAACGCUUUUAACGUGAUGAAAUCCCUUUGCUGUUUUACAAAUAGAUAGUAAAGCAACACGCAUUGAUUCGGGGAGGGGGAGGAGAUGAGAUCGCCGCAACAAGAGCCUCAUGCGCCUGAAAUUUCGCAUUAAUAUUCGGAGCCCAUAAUCAGAGACUGCGCCUUGUCUAAUGCGGUCUUCGAUGAUGGGGCCAAAUGGGCAUCCAAAGCAUCAGGUUUUAGACGACAGUCAUCAUUACGAUGCUCUGCCUCUUUGUUCAACGCCCGCUGCGUCUAGGUCACCCACACGCCCACCAAGUGUUUCCGCUCGCGCUGACCUUAAUACGAUCGGACGGACUAGGACAUGCGCACACGAGAGUUGGACCGUAGCGAGUGACGACGUCCACAGCGUACCGCACUGAUUAGGAUAUAUGGGUGUCCAGUUGUGGGUCCAGGUGAUGGUCGUCGUAGGUCGCUCGCUUGCUCGCAGGUGAGACUACGUCUAGCGUUCAUUUCCUGGCACCCAACUCUCGAAUGUGGCUCCCCAAAGUUAGGCUCUGUCUAACGGCCACACACCAGGUAAGCGCCUCGGACGGCGAGCUAAACAAGGUGAGGGUAUCUGUGUGUGCAUCUCCGCACACGGCAACUCGGUUCUGCCGGCCGGAUGGACCACCGACUUGGCAUCUCCGAGACGAGACUCCGUCUGCAACACCGCAAAAGACCACAAGGUAAGUGAGGCCUAGGGUAAGUGGGCCCCGGGUAGGCGAACAUUGCUUUGCUGGAUUGCAAUUUGUCUGCACUUUUGUAUUUGUUCUUGCUAAAGCCUAAAUGUCGUCAUGUUACAUUUCCUCUGUUGCCUUUACUGUUUGAUUUCUUUGUCUGCUUUUGUCUGCUUGUUUGUGUUUGUCAAUAUGGUAAGCUAAAUGCCGUUCUGUUCACAUUGUCUGUGCACGUUUAUAUUUCAGCAAUCAGUUAGCUCAGAGAAAGACAAUAAGCUCAGAAUCCCGUCUAUCUACCCUUCACGCAACACCCUUUCGAGUCCUACGGCCUAGGCUAAAUCAGCUCGUUCUCCUAUCAAACAAAAGUAGUGGCCCAUAGUGGAGUUCGCCUGUGCCUGGGCAGCCCUACUUAGGGGCAGCAGUGCCCACCACCGCGAGGGCGAAGGGACUAAAAAAGGUGCCCUUAAUAAAUACUGGGAACACGUCCUCUGCUGGGGAACAAAGCCGUCUAUAGGCUGACCGUGGCCGCAGACGCAAAACGCAUGGCCGAAACAACCAAAUAAGAAACAACACUUUCCUUCUUCCCCCUCCUUUUCCCCGCCGUCCCACUCGCCAGACAGGCAGGGUGAGUCCGCUCACUCUGGCAGCCUGGAAUGUUCCUUCCCUUUUAUACAAUCCGAGGAGCAACCGAACGGGACGGAGGACAGCGCUAGUGGCCGGGGAACUGGCGCGCUACAAGGUGGACAUCGCCGCACUCAGCGAGACUCGAUUUUCCGAACAAGGUCAACUUGAGUAGGUGGGUGCGGGUUACAUCUUCUUCUGGAGUGGUCACCCAAGGACAGAACGACGAGACGCGGGUGUCGCCUUCACCAUCCGGAACGACAUCGUGGGACGACUGCCCUGUUUGCCGCAGGGUAUCAACGAUCGCCUGAUGAGCUCCCGCCUGCCUCUCCUGGGAGACAAAUUCGUCACCAUCGUCAGCGCCUACGCUCCCCCAAUGGCCAGCCCUGACACCGCAAGAAACAAAUUCUACGAGGGCCUGCACGCCCUCUUGGCGACUGUGCCGAAGGCAAACAAGUUGAUUGUCCUUGAUGACUUAAACGCCCGCGUCGGCACAGAACAUGCUGCCUGGAGAGGAGUGCUGGGUCCCCAUGGUCUCCGCGGCUCCAACGACAACGGACUGCUGCUUCUACGUACCUGCGCAGAACACCGCCUCAUCCUGACGAACACCUUCUUCUGUCUGUCGGAGCGAGAGAAGGCCACUUGGAGGCAUCCUCGGUCGCGCAAGUGGCACCUGCUGGACUAUGUCCUCGUCCGGAGGCGAAACUAG